UAUAAAGGCCUCGUAAUAUACAGGAACAUGAUCCUUUUGGAUAUACUAGAUCGUGAUCACGUGACCUACAUAUCACAUGAUAAUCCAAGAUGGCGGCGUCGACUCCUGGUAGCAAUCAUGAACAUUUGUAUAAAAUAUUAGUGAUCGGAGAAUUCGGAGUAGGAAAAACUUCCAUCAUCAGAAGAUAUACCGAAGGAACAUUUUCUCCAAACUACAAAUUAACAAUUGGUGUAGAUUUUGCAUUGAAGUCACUUGUUUGGGAUGAAAACACUAAAGUCAACAUGCAACUAUGGGAUAUAGCAGGACAUGAACGAUUUGGACACAUGACAAGAGUUUAUUACAAAUAUGCAAUUGGUGCAAUAAUUGUUUUUGAUCUGUCCAGACCUGCCACAUUUGAUUCCGUGUUGAAGUGGCUUAAUGACGUCAAUUCUAAAGUAAUGUUAGCCAAUGAACAGCCAGUGCCAGUCUUGCUGCUGGCCAAUAAGUGUGACUUGGAAGGCAUGGAUCCUGACACACACAAAAUUGAUCAGUUUUGUAAAGAGCAUCAGUUUAUCGGCUGGUUCCCUACAUCAGCAAAAGAUGAUAAAAACAUCAGUGAGGCUGUGCGGUACUUAGUAAAACACAUUUUGGAACUGCCAUGCGAGAGUCAGCAACCUACGGAACACAUCAGUUUACCUUCAGAAAACAACACUUCUCAUUACGACGAUUCGUUCGAAACAGAGGAGAGUUAUAACAAAAGAACCAACAAGCAAAACGGUGGAUGUUGUAGUUGAUGCAAGAGUUGUGGAGGAGAUCUUAGGAAUAGUCUACUAGGAAUACACUGUCUUGAUAUAUGCAGUAUUAGCGUCACAAUCAAAAUCAUGCAAAUCAAGCGAUGUUUUUGAAAAUGUAUUAUUUAGUAUUACGAGUGAUUACAUGUAUAUGUACAUUUCAUUUUAUACCAUGAUCUCUAAUACGCCCAUUAUGGUAGUUUAAAAUAAAAAACUGAUAAGCGCAGUCCCAUGUACUGAUAGAGAGGUACACCUAGAUCUAUAUUUGCUGUAGUAUUCAUGAUAUUUUUUGGUAAUAUAUGCUGUCCAGGGACACACUGGAGUAUACAGCUAUGUAUAUUUGCUGUAGUAUAUGAAUUCGUCUACUGAUAGACAUAACUACAAAUAUGAUGUAGAAUAUAAAGUUAUAUCCGCUGAUGUAAGAUUAUAUGUCACGUUUUAAUUUAUGCGAAUAGUAGCAUGGUUCAGAAUAUACACGUUCUUGGCGUUUUUCGAGAAUUAUCAGAUAUAUCAAAAUUACGAAUUAUGAGGUUAGUGUACUUUGGGCCUACCUGAGUUGCCUCUCCUAGAAGGACGAAGAAAUCUGUAAGAUGCAAUUCAUAUACUCUUUACUGUCUCUAAUUCUAAAUUUACCUGUAACUUAUGGUGUUUUUCACGUGUGUGUCUUUUGUACAUUUUUUAUCGCAAUAUUCUAUUUGUUAUGCAUAUGCUGUUACUGUUACAUGCAUGUUUUUUGAACCUCUGGUUUACAGUUUAUGUCACGAAAGCAAUAUUUUUUAAAAAUUUUGUAACAGAUUAUGAUAGUUGCAAAAUAAAUAAAGUUAAUGCAUAUUGUAGUAUAGAAUUGACAUCUGCUAUAGAAGCGUGAAUAACUUGUUCGUAUAAUGGCACAUUCAUAUGUUUUUGAGAAAGCCACAUCAUGUAAUUUGUAUUAAAUACAAAUUAAUGUAAAAGAGACAUUAUUGACAGUUAAUAUGCCAUUAUUUUGUCUUAUCUCUGAUUAAUCUUUGUAGAAUGUGGAGUGGCAAAUUUUAUAUGAAUUAAUAUUCAGUAAGAUGUUAUAAUAACUAUAGAAUUUGAAGUUUUUGAAAGAAAAGCAAAGCACACCUUGAUUAUUCAGUAUAUUAUUACAGUGGCUGAGAGUUCAUGUUUUUUAAAAAUGUAAAUGUCAUUUUUAAAUGUAUGAUGCAUAUCUUAUUGAUUUUAUAACAAUUAUGGGAUCAAUCAAUUUGUUUAUAAAUGUUACUUAUUGGUGCAUGCCAUGGUGUUGUGCAUGUGUUAUUUUAAGUUUCUUCUCGGAAUAUUCAACAAUAGAAAUCCGCCUAUUUAUGUAGAUUUUUUUAAUGUGUAAUGGUUUAAUAUUUGCUUCGUGUAUCAGAGGAAUUCGUUAUGUAUUCCUGUUUUAAUGACCACCACAUGUACAAUGAGUAUGGUGCUUAUAUUGGGGUUUAGGUCAUUGAUGGUCAGUUUUAACACGAAUGUUGUUUUUAGUAAUCAAAAUGUUUUUACUCCGGCCGGCGUAUGGGAGCGAGGGCAGAUUGUCCUCUUCAGAUUUGAAGAAAGACUCCAAACUUACACUUGUGAUAAAAUCUUUCUGUGAAAUACUCUGAGAUGUUUACAUCAGAGAGUUUAAUUAUCAGAUAAUAAAAUUCUAGAAAAUCAUU